AUGGAUAAAGAGACUCUCGCUAUUAUUUCUCAACUUCCUAUUUCUUCAUAUCGUAAAAGGUUAAUAUCAAAGUCUGAGUGUUUUGAUAGAAAUGAGUUAUUAACAAUUAUAUAUAAAGAAUUAAGCGGUUUUGACGAUAAUUUUUUAACAAAGAACGGAUAUAUACAAAGACAAGAAGAUUGGUUUGCUCCUCAAUCAACUGUAUUUCCUAAAGAUUAUUUUGUUUUGAAAUAUAUCAAUAUUUCUGAAUAUCAAAUUAAUGAAGAAAGUAUAUGUAAUAUUACUGGUAGAGGGUUUAAUAGAUGUUUAGCUAUUUUAUCAUUAAUUCAAUGCCAAGGCAAUGAAGAAAAAGCACUUAAAAAACUUCAAAACCAUAUUGAUGAUGUAAAAAAUAAUUUAAAAAAUAAACAUAACUUAUUGAGAGAAUUAAUUUAUCCAUCAAAGAAUGUUAUUCAUCAAUGUCCAUUACUAGGACUUUCUCCACAAUUUUAUUUUGAUAUUUGUAUGAUUUAUAAUGAAGAUUCUUCUAUUAUCACGUCUGUAAAUAAUGGAACAAUACCAUCUUCAAUGAAAUUAUGGUAUAAUGAGUUAGAUAAAAAAUUGACUCAACAACAUAAAAAGCGAGAUGAAAAAUUAGAAGCACAAUCAAUUACUUGUGAUGUUUGUUAUGAAGAUAAAUUAGAAGAAGAAAUGUUCACAAAUCGUUGUGGACAUUCAUUUUGUAAACAAUGUGUUAUUGAACAAAUAUUAACUGGAAUGAGAGAAAAUGGUAAAAAUAUUGGAAAUCUUAAAUGUUUAUCCUCUGGAUGUCAUUGUUGUAUUACAAUGGAUAUUGUACGUUAUUUAGUUGAUGACUAUACAUAUUAUAGGUACUGUGAAUUACUUAUCACUGGAUUUAUUGAAGGAAAUAAAGAUUUUUUAUGUAGAUACUGUUUUAAUGAAAGAUGUAAUAAAGUAUUACAUUAUAAAGGAAGUCUUUUAGAUAAUAAUAAAACUGCAAUCUGUUCUUGUCAAACUAAUAUGUGUCUUCUUUGUGGAGAGGCAAAUCAUCGACCUGCUACUUGUGAACAAUGGAGACUAUGGCAAGAACUAUUGAAAAAGGGUGGGUUAAAUUUAAAAUGGAUUAGAACAAACUCAAGACCAUGCCCUGCAUGUAGUACAUUUAUUGAGAAGAAUGGUGGAUGUCAAUGGAUGUGUUGUUAUAAAUGCCAUUGUUUUUUCUGUUGGAUGUGCAUGCAAGUUACUAAUGAUCAUCACCACAAACCAGGACAAAAAUGCAUUCCAUACCAACAAAAAGAGAUUAAUAGUGAUGAUCACAUUGAUGAAGAUUUACUGAGUUGUCUUACUCAUUAUGAUCUUCAAGACGUAGGUGUAAAACAAUCAUUAGAAAGAUAUUCUACUAUUUUAGAAAUAAUGAAAAAACAAAAGUCUAUUGCUACAACUCUAUCUCCUUUGUAUGAGGCUUCACUUGUAGAAAUAGACGCUCAUACUGUUUUGAGAAAUUUGUACGUUCUUGAAUAUUUUAACAAAGACAAAAAAGAUCUUUAUGACUUCCAAAUGACUCAGUUCCAAUAUCCAGCUGAAGUGUUAACAAAAAAAAUUCAGUACAUUCUUAAAGCAGAAAAAAUUACAAUCAAUAUGAUGAGUGAUUUAGAUAAGUGUGUUACAUCAAUUAAGAAAACCUUUGAGAAAAUCACAUCUUCUUAUGAAGAUGACCAACAAUAA